CUUCGGUCCGGAAGACAUUGAUCCGGCUUGAGUUUAGUAGAUUAUUUGUAUUUCCCCGUUUUUCCUACUUCUUUGUAAAUACCGUAUCGAUAGGUUAGUGAGUUGCGAAACGAGAUUUUAUUUUGUUUGAAGUGGUUAAUGAAGUGAGAGUGUGUGGACGCGAGAGUUGUGUGUGUCAAGUGGGGGCAUUGUGGGACAUGCUAGUAUGGCUUCAUCGCAGCUCCAAAUCCGCCCGCCAAUGGGCCUCCUGACGACGGUGGCCGACCUGCCGCCGAGCUAUAAGGUGCGUUACAUAGCCGUGGCCAACAACGCCACGACUAAGCUUACCGCCGAGUCGCCGCUGGAUUUGACGGUGAAGCAGAGCUUCGGGGCGAUUACGCCUCCGUUGACGCCGUCGCCGUUGAAGAAGCGUUACCGCGAGGACAACGACGAGAACCGCGAUGGGAACCAUCAGCGCACCAAGCAGAUUAAGGUGGAAGUGGAGCCGGUCAAGGAAGCCACACCGGUUAAACCAGUUAAGAGUCAAGGCGCGAAGGUGGGUCAGAAGAGUUCAAAGAACCCGGCUGGGGUGGCGGGUCCGGUUUCGAAGGAACGCCGUACAAAGGCAGCCCGGAAGUUGAAGUUUGACGAGGAGACGACGUCGCCAGUGUCGGGCACGGUGAUUAUUUCGCUCGAGGAAGUGAUCAACGGGGACAUCCCACGGGAAUCGGGUGACAUCGAUCCGCAGUUUAAUUUGGUGGAGAUCUCCGACGAGGUUCGUGCCGAACUGGCUACGAUCCCGAACGUGAUUGGCGCGUACAACUGCAAGCUCUGUCGGUUGGAGUUCGACGAUGCCUUCGGACUGGCUCAGCAUCGCUGUGCGUGCAUUGUUCUGCUCGAGUACCGCUGUCCCGAGUGUAGCAAGCGGUUCAACUGCCCGGCGAACCUGGCCUCGCACCGACGCUGGCACAAACCCCGCGAUCAGGUCGCCAAGAAGGGCGACGGCGACAAAGCCGGCGAAGAUCCCGAGUGCAAAUACCGCUGCGAACAGUGCAACAAAUCGUUCAAACGGCCGGCCUACCUGAAAAAGCACCAACUUACGCAUAACAAAACGAAAGUCAACAAGCCCAAACAUAAUCAAUCAAGUGCCGAAACAAGUGAAAUCAGCGCAGCAACAAUCAACACCGUGUCCAGCUUCCGCAGCAGCAGCGGCAGCGAAGAAUCGAACCACUCGAAUAGCAGCAAUACCGUCUACGUGAACCACAUGACCGAGCUACCACAAACCGUGUUCACCGUGGUGGCCAGCGAACCACCGCUCCGAAGUGACCUCGUGCAGCAGUAUCAGUCCAGUUCUUCGCAGCAGUCGACCAGCGACGAAAGCGACGACGACGAUUACGAGGAACGUGCCUUGGUCAUCAACGAAGACUACCAGCAGGAGGAAAUGGACGCCAUCCGGUCGGCGUACUGCGACCGCUUCACGGAGGAGGAAAACAUCGCCGCAGCGGCGCUGGCCCACCUGCGGAACGGACCAUCGGUCAUUCGGCACACCACCGCUUUGGUUGUCUAGAAAUCCGUGCGUGUAAGUUCAGCCUAUCAUUAGUCGCUUAAGUACCACACGAGGGCGGUGUUCUAUCUCGGAAUAGGUUUUAUGAUUUGUGUAAAUUUUCGUAGUACCGAACAAACUGGAAACAGCAUCACACCAAAUAAGAGACUUGGAUCGCCCAAAAAGACACAAGACUGUUUGUACAUAGCUUUAGACACAAGUGUAAGAGACUGGGAGCAAAGCUUUCGACUAGUUUGUAAGGAAAUUCGGCGCAAUGCUCGAGCGUCCGCAAAUCUUGCUUCUAAAACUAACCUUUUUCUUUUCCUUCUACUAACAAGCUUUAAACUUUCUAAUAAUUUUCCUUUCUAAAUUGUGGCGCAGAGAGCAUUGCGUCCUCCAACACUUCUGUACAUUCGAUUUUGAAAAUUUUCCAAAAAUUUCUCAAUCACCCAAAGAUGAGUAUCCAUCUAGUCAUUCCCCUAGUUUUAAUGAAAAAAUAGUAAUUUAUUGAAGAGCUUAAUAUAUUUCAUGCACCUUAUUUAUUUUAAAUUAUUCACCACCAAAGAUGAGUUUCGAUCUAGUCAUUCGAGUAUUCCUGUCGCUUUAUGCACUAAUGUCCCACGUUGAAAACUUCAACCAAAAUCACUCCGAUUUUCUAAACAAAAACGCGUUUUUGUUUUUGGUGGUAAAUUUGAGUUAUUUUGGAUUGGAUUUAGUAACUUGGGCAUUUUUGCGUAGUGCACAGAUCUAUUUAAUUAAUUUAUUCAAGAGCUUAAUAUAUUUGUGCACCAUAUUUAUUUAAAUUAUUCAAAAGUCACCAAACAGAGUUCAAUCUAGUCAUCCUCCUAAAUUUAUUGCUGUUUUAAACACAAAUCCAAAAUUGCUUUAAUUUUCCAAACCAAAACAACUCAGGAAUGAGUAAAUGAUGAAAAUAUCAGAUUGUGGUGAAUUUUACUUGGAAUUCUAUGUAGGGGAACUAUACCCUUUCUCAGCCUAUUUCUAUUAUCGGCCUAUCAGCACUUUGAUCAUGAA